CCCUCCUUCCCACCUACCCCCGCAACAGCUUCAGAGCUGGGGAGCGCAAAGGACCCGUGCAGGUCGCACUACCCAGUCUGACCUCCUCGCCCUACGCCUUCCUAGCUUCCGUAAGGAUACAGGCAUAUCUUGACACAACCCCAAAGGGACAUACACACAGGUAAGGUGUCAUAAACAUAGGGCCACUUCCUAGGUGUUGUGCCUAUAUGUUUUGCUGUGUGAUUGUACAGGUUGACAUUGAUGUUUCAAGUCAAGCUUGUUGGGGACACUCAAUAGUCCGGUGCGACAGAGCUGCCCUCUGCAUUAUUGUAAAUCUAACAUGUUCUUUGCAUCCCAAUGUCUCGUUAAUAUGUGACACUUGGUGUAAGGUCCAUCUGAUCCCCCUAAAAUGUAAUGGAGCUUGGCAUUAUGUGAAUUACCAUCCUGGACUCAGGGGUAGACGUAACAUAGUAAAGUAAAUCUGUCUCCCACCAUUUAGUAUAUGUUACAUAUAUAUUAAUUUGUGGAUGUCAAUCAUCCAUUUCAUAUGAUAUGUUACAAAUUACAAUUCGUAUGAUAUGUUCCCAAUUGCAAUUUGUAUAAUAUGUUAUGAAUUCCAAUUAGUUAGGUGGCCAACUCUAACAUUAGCUAGGUGGCUAACAUUAGCUAGGCUAGGGGUUAAGGUAAGGGGUUAGCUAACCCUUUAACCUAAGUACUGUAGUUGCAAAGUAGCUAAUUAAAGUUGUCCGUGAUGAGAUUUGAACAACAUUUGUGUUAUACGCCCGACCAACCACCCUCCUUUCAUUUUAGCCUUAAGUAACCUUCUGUCUUAAGUAACCAUACGAAACUUGUCAUAUCAUACUAAUUUUGUGGUGUGGAUUUACAUUUACUAUGUUACGUCUAGUCUAUGAGACCAGGCUGGAAUGACUUACUAUAUGUUGAUUAAUUUCAUUAUGCAUGACAAUGUGCAGCAAUUUCACAUUAUUUCUUAGUUCUCCAUACAUCGUUUGCUGGUGCUAUUCCCUCAACAUUUUUACAUUUACAACAGCGUAUGAAUGAACAUUGAGAAGUUAUUUGGAAGUGGAUUAACUUGUUGGAGCUGACGCUAGAGCUAUGAACGAACAUGUGAGCAUGCUUUAAUCUAAUGGUCAGAUGGUCAGAUAGCUAUGAAUGGCUCUGAGGCCAAAUUAGUGGACAAGACCAGUUUAAUUUCUCUAUAUGUUACACUGUUGUGUUACCUUUGUUUUACUUUACUUAUGAGUACCUAUUCAUGGAAUACUGUACAUACAAGUACAUAUAUUCAUUCAGAUUUGAAUGAAAACAAGAUGGUGCAUACAGUGUUUCCCAACUCCGGUCCUCCAGUACCUCCAACAGCACAAAUUUCUGUUGUAGCCCCAGAGAAAAACGACUGAUUCAACUUGUCAAUGGCUUGAUGAUUAGUUGACAAGUAGAAUCAGGUGUGCUUGUCUGAGGCCAAAACAGAAAUAUGUACUGUUUGGGGUACUCGAGGACCGGAGUUGGGAAAUUGCAGUAUGCUAUAGCUUGACUUGGGCAAAAUGUGUAUUUUGCUGUGGACUGUAGCUUGCCCCAUCUUCUCAACUGUCACAUCUGCUUGAUGUGCCCUGUCGCCCCGUACCCCUGUCCUUUUUCGACAGUCAUGGGUAAUUCCAAGCGUAUGGAUUCUUGCUCCACUGUGGUUCGCUCCUGCCAUGUCUGACGAGUAUGUGCUCAGCGUUUAACUGCCCAAGGUUAUUUAAAGGGAUGUGCUAACUUUGCCCUUUUAGCGCCUCCAAUAAAUUCAACCGGCUCCGGCGGGUGUUUGUGCGUGGCUGGGGGAGUGUAAUGUUAGCGAUCAAUAGCAUGCUGCGCAGUGUUGCCUCCUUUGGGGUGUUGUUAAGCUAGCUGCCUUUGAACAAGGUGUGCAGUCACAUGCUGUCCCUUGUGAUAUUGUGUUUCCCCAGGGGCAGCAAUGUCGCAGUUCUCUACCAUGACAACCAACGAGAGGAAACUGCAAGCAGCAGCCAUCUGUAGGGAGAUACAGGGUCCUGAAGGUACUCUCUCUCUCUGAAUAAAUGCAACUGCAGUCAUACAGUACAUACUGCACAGACAUAAAUACACUCACGUGCGUACCUGUGAACAAACAUAAACGCGUACUACACACACACACACACACACAUCAGAGGAGGCUGGAAUAUAAUAAAUGGAAUGGUAUCAAACACAUCAAACAUAUGGAAACCACAUGUUUGUUACCGAUCCAUUAAUUCCAUUCCGGCCAUUACAAUGAGCCCAUCCUCCUAUAGCUCCUCCCCCCACCAGCCUCCUCUGACACACACACUUAACACUCUCACUUUGUAGCGGGGUAUCAUCCAGUUCGCCACCAUCUACAGCCCUGUAUAUAAAUAAGACGUUUCAUUGCUCAAAGUAACUAAUCCCUUUGUCGUUGUCCUUUGAAUGAGCUAUUUCUGGGAGGGGACAACUGCAUGGCUCGUCGGGGUAGGGAGGGAGGGCCUGAGCGUCACUGACAGCUGAGGCAUAUUCUGGCAGGCUAGCUUACUUUUGGCUGAUUUGAUAGGCCUAUGACACCUCCAUGAUCAGCAUGCAUUAGGUAUUAAACGCAAACAAGGGGGCCAACAUGAGAGGCUGGCUGGCCAACAUGAGAGGCUGGCUGGCCAACAUGAGAGGCUGGCUGACAUGAGAAAAUGAUUCAUCAUUACUCAUAUUGACAAUAUACACUGAGUAUACCAAACAUUAGGAACACCUCAAUUCGUCGGGGUAUGGACUCUACAAGGUGUCGAAAGCGUUCCACUGGGAUGCUGGCCCAUGUUGACUCCAAUACUUCCCACAGUUGUGUCAAGUUGGCUGGAUGUCCUUUGGGUGGAGGACCAUUCUUGAUACACACAGGAAACUGUUGAGUGUGAAAAACCCAGCAGCGUUGCAGUUCUUGACACAAACCGGUGCCUGGCACCUACUACCAUAUCCCGUUCUAAAGCACUUAAAUCUUUUGUCUUGCCCAUUCACCCUCUGAAUGGCACACAUACACGAUCCAUGUCUCAAUUGUCUCAAUACUUAAAAAUCCUUCUUUAACCUGUUCCCUCCCCUUCAUCUACACUGAUUGAAGUGGAUUUAACAAGUGACAUCAAUAAGGGAUCAUAGCUUUUACCUGGAUUCACCUGGUCAAUGUCAUGGAAAGAGCAGGUGUUCCUAAUGUUUUGUAUACUCAGUGUAUACUAAGUCAGCGAGAAGGGUUUUGGGAAUGUAUAAAAUGUGUUUUACAGUGAAAGGUAUUCAGUAGAAUGUAAUUAGCCAAAUGUGCAUAUUGUCAGUAUAAUUAAAAACUACUUUGACAGAAUAUGCAUAAUAGGGUAAUUUAAAAGUAAGGGAGGAUGGGACGCUAGCUCAGCCAAACGCAAAUAAACCCACAACUACACAUAAGGGCAUAUACAGGUGAGGUACAAUAUGACACAAUACACACAAACACACACACACACACACACACACACACACACACACACACACACACACACACCAGAAACCCACUUUCUCAGAGCUGUUGUGUCUUUUCCAGAUGCAGAGAUGGACCUGGGGAAGAAGAUGAGUGUCCCUAAGGAUGUGAUGCUGGAGGAGCUGUCUCUGGUGUCCAACAGGGGCUCCCUCCUCUUUGAAAAGCGCAAGAGGCGCUCAGAGAAAUACACCUUCGAGAGCAUCCAGAAUGUAUCCAACACACAGAUCAAUGUAAGCAACACAAACCACUUGCAUGUGCAUGCUUGAAUGUGAACACUAACUAGAAUAGUAUACUACAAGGACAAUCAAAACACUGGAACAAAGUUGCUGUUUCAACAAGAACAUUUAAGGGAAAAUGAGCGAUAAGGGACAAUGAGCGAUGAGGGAGAUGACAGUUACCAUUUGUUUUGGUACUUUGUGACUGUGAUGAGAGACGCAAAUAAGAGUCUGCUUUAGGCCCCCCUAGUCUACUUUAGGCCCUAGAGUCUACUUUAGGCCCUAGAGUCUACUUUAGGCCCUAGAGUCUACUUUAGGCCCUAGAGUCUACUUUAGGCCCUAGUCUACUUUAGGCCCUAGAGUCUACUUUAGGCCCUAGAGUCUACUUUAGGCCCUAUAGUCUACUUUAGGACCUAGUCUACUUUAGGCCCUAUAUACUACUUUAGGCCCUAGAGUCUACUUUAGGCCCUAGAGUCUACUUUAGGCCCUAGUAACCUUCUAGGCUACUUAGGCCACAUAGGGACAUUUCCCAUAUAGCUUUUAAAACAGAACAUCCAAAAGGGUCUAAUAAUCUGUUACUUUCCAUUUAGUAAUUGUUAUAUCUAGCUUAGCUGUAGAAGAACGCACAUCUGCACGGUUUCACAUUGUGCAUCACUCUGACGUUUUAUGACGUGCUACUCAUUCUGACAACCCAUUCAUACGUAAAGCCGCACACUGUCUUAAACCAUAACAAUGUACAGUACGACGUACCAUACAUAACACGCCCCCCCCCCCUUUCCAAAACCAGGGACUGGUACCAUAUAUAAAAAUGUCCAUAGGGCAAGAACCUAGAGUGAUACCUGUAAGAAAUAAACAUUAACCCUUAAACGAAAGAGAUAAACAACGACUCUCCAAACUAGCCAGUUCAGUCCAUUAACCUGGAGGUUGGCUAAGACACCUAACGGAGCCUAAGACUGAAAGGAGAUUAAGUAGUCCUCCAGAUGAGCAAGGCAAGUUCGUGCCCACAUAGGCCGUUCUUCAACCACGACCGCUUGUGGCUCUGGCCCUUGGGGAGCCCACAGAGGCUGGCGCUCGGGUGGUAGUAGUAUAGGAGGUCCAUCAGGUGGUGUCACUGGCCUGUAUGUCCGUUUUGUGGGCAUUUGUAUUCCUUGAGGGGCAGGGACUUUUCUGAGGCGGCUGGCGUGCUAGGGAGAUCCAUUGCUCAGCAUGAAGAUGGUGGGCCCCAGUUGUAGACUGACCUGCAAGGGGUCCGACCAGAAUGAGGCCAUUUUGUUGCACCGCUGAGGCGGUCAGGCUCGGACCCAGUAUGACACUUGGAUGAUCAGCUUCUUGUGCCUUGUCGAAAUGGCAAAGGCGACGGGCCUCUCAAUGCCAUUCUGCAGCUGUGAGAGGACAGCUCCUAGUGCUCCAGCUGAGGCGUCACAGGUGACAAUGGUGUGGCAGAUGGGGUCAAAGUGAGCCAAGACUGGGGCUGUGGUGAGCUGGCUCUUCAGUGAGCGGACCGUGUCUGAGUAGGCCGCAGUCCAGGCCCAUGGCUCAUCCUUCUUGAGGAGCUGGCGAAGGGGCGCUGUGGUCUGAGAGUAGUGGGGCAGAAACCGGAGGUAGUAGGCUGUCAUGGCCAAGAAUGAGGCCACCUGAGAGGCUGAGGUAGGUUCCGGGAUGCGGUGGACGGCUUCAAUGUUCGACAGGAGUGGGGCAAUGCCUUUGGCCGACAGGCGGAACCCCACAAACUCGACGGCUGGAGCUGCAAAGGUGCACUUUUCGCCGUUCAGGGUCAGGUUGUUCCGCAGUAGGGCAUUGAAUACUCUGUGGAGUCGACGGUCUGGUUCUCAUCACCUUCUGGAAGCAGCUGGGGGCGGAGCUAAGUCCAAAAGGCAUGCGUGUGUAUCUGAACACGCCAGCGUGUGUGACGAAGGCCGUGAGGUCUCUGCUGGCUGGGUGGAGGGGCACCUGAAGAUAACCCUGACGCAGGUGGAGCUUUGUGAGAACCCUGGAGUCAUGAAAUUGUGUGGUCAGCUCCUCAGCUGUAGGCAAGGGUUACUUACCCGGGACAACAGCCUUGUUCACAGCACGGAGAUCCACACAGGUCCGGAUUCCAACUGACUUUUUGGUUGCAAUGACCAAGUUUGAAAUCCAGGGGGCAGCGUUGACUGGCUCAAUGAUGUCUGCCUCCAACUGUGACUGGAGAUCUUUUGUGACGUCAUCACACAGUGCAAAGGGAAUGCGCCGCAGGGGCUGCAUGACUGGGGUCACGUCCGGGUUCACAAGGAGCCUGUGAAUAAAGGCUGUGAGGCAGCCCAUCAAACAGAGCUGGCCAGUUAUUUUGCCAUGUGCAGGUACCCUGGUGGAUAGCUGACCCACUGUCAUCUCUCAGUGUGAACCCCAAGCCUGUGAAGAGGUUGAGACCCAGGAGGUUGGCACCCCGCUUUGCAACGUGAAAUGUGAAUGAUGUUAGAUCCCUGGCGCCGUAGUGCACUGGGACCUGGAGGGUGCCUGCAAUGUCUAUUUUGGCGCUACCGUAACCGACACAGGGCAGUGGAGGGCUGUUGGAGUGGUAGGUGACUGAAAAACUUGUAGUAAGUGGCAAGGUUGAGCAACGACACCACAGCGCCAGUAUCCACUAGCAAAGGCAAACCCACCUCGCCCAGCUGCACAGUGCAUGUCUUGAAUGACACAUGAUUGGUGGAGACGGUUCGGAUUUCAGUGUGUUCAUGUUGAGAGUGAGAUGAAAAUAAGGGUCUGUUCUGAGUGGAUCUAGUAGCUGGGGCAGAACGACACACUUUUGCAAAGUGAUUGUAUUUUGAACAGUUCUUGCAUAUCUUUCCAUGGGCUGGGCAGUUUGAAGCCCUUGAAUUGUGAGAGCUAGCCCCACGGUUGCCAGAGCUACUUCUGUUUGUUUGUCUGUGUGCCUGCUGCACGGGCAUGCCGGUGUCCAUGCAGCUAUCAAUGUGGGAGGGCGUGCACAGCGCGUGAUCGCUGUAGUGCGCCUGCUCGGGCUGAAGCUGCUGUGUGAGAAUGGCUGGUGGCCGAGUGUAUGCUGCAGAGUUGCCUGUUUUCAUAGUAGAGCAUUCCAAAGCCGCUUCAACCUGGAGUGCUAUUUUAAUAGCUCCAUCAAGUUGUAAAUGAUCCGAUUCCAAAAGCAGUUUCUCCCUUGUCUUUUCACAUAACGUCCCCUCUAUCAGCUGAUCCCUGAUGAUCUCGUCCUGAAGUAUCCUGUAGUUACAAGUGCUAGCCAAAUCCCUCAGAUUAGCGCCGUUGGCGUCUUUUCCGUAGCGUCGGAGGAGCACUUGCUCUUUCUCGGCAAAGUGGUUCCAUAGGAAGAUGACUGCAGUGGUGAAUGUAGGAGUCGAUCCAAGCGCUCUGAAAAUCCUCUGUCCCUCUGUACCGAGGCAGUGACGGAGCAGUGCUGCUCCGCUUGUCGGAGAUUGUAGUAAAGUCCAUAGCUUCGAGAUAAGUGUUAAAACUUUCAAGGCAGUUAUUCCAUGGGACUGGAGGUUCACCAGGCACGUCGAGGAAUGGUGCUGGCGAUGGUAAGCUGAAUUCAGCCAUCUUAGUCACCAAUUAUAUAUAUAGCUAAGUUGUAGAAGAACGCACAUCUGCACGGUUUCACAUUGUACAUCACUCUGACAUUUUAUGACAUGUGCCACUCAUUCUGACAACCCAUUCAUACGUAAAGCAGAACACUGUCGUAAACCAUAAUAACGUACAGCACGACGUACAGCACGUCAUACCAUACAUAACAGUAAUGUACAGUACACUUCCUCUGAUAGUUGUUUGAGCCUAUGGAAUGUACACACACAGUCAUACCUGUUAAACUCUGAGCGUUGUAGGGCCCAGUGCCGCGCCUGCGGAGCUUAAGAAAGUGACAUAUCAUUCGAAAGCUACAGCACUUGUCUUUUUGGAAAUCAAGCUCAAAUCUUACUGCUGGCGAUGUCAUAAGAAUGCCCCCAUGAGCUAUGGUCAUAUUCAUAGAGUAUGCAAUUUAGGUCAAGUCACCAAAAGUGCAAAAAUGUAUGUAUGGAAAGGGUACACCUUGGUAGUCAUCGUAAUGCAAUGCAUUUAUUUUUCAUCCACAUUUAAUAUGACAUUACCUCGAAUGCAUCCUCCAUAUGCGCCGUUGAUCCAUCGCGCUCGUUUCCAAUGACAAAAAUGAAUGGGGAAAAAAGUUUGACGUUUCCUCGCCCGUCUGUCUGUUAUUUAAAAAACAACUUGAUCCCUAGGGUAAUUUUAAGAUGUCUGGCUUUAAAAUCCAUUCAGCCAUUUUCGCACAGUGAGGUACUACCCAAACCAGAUCAAACCAGUCACAUCUGGUUUCAACAGUUUUUUUAAAUGGCUGUGUUCCUAUUGGAAUUUGCUCAUGUUUAGAGCGCCACCAUCAGGUAAAAGAUGUGACAAUGUUUUUCUGAAUGGUAAUUGGUGACAUAUUUUACUACAAACCUAGACUUUAAAAUCUCUUAUUCCCCAACAUGGGGACAAUUUGGGAACCAACCUCCCCCCAAAAAGAUUAAAAAAUAUAUUUUUUAUUUUACUUUUCUUUGCCUGCUGUUGCUCUGCCUCUGUAAUAGUCACAUUGUUGCUAUACAUUUACAUUGACAUUUUAGUCAUUUAGCAGACACUCUUAUCCAGAGCGACUUACAAAUUGGUGCAUUCAACUUAUGAUAGCUAGUGGGACAACCACCCAAUAUAAAUCAUCUUUAUUUUAUUUUAUUUUUUAUGAGGGGGAGGGGGAGGGGGGGGGGGGGGGUAGAAGGAUUACUUUUAUACUAUUCCAGGUAUUCCUUAAAGAGGUCGGGUUUCAAGUGUCUCCGGAAGGUGGUCAGUGACUCCGCUGUCCUGGCCUCGUGAGUGAGCUUGUUCCACCAUUGGGGUGCCAGAGCAACGAAUAGUUUUGACUGGGCUGAGCGGGAACUGUCCUUCCGUAGAGGUAGGGGGGCUAGCAGGCCAGAGGUGGAUGAACGUAGUGCCCUCGUUUGGGUGUAGGGUCUGAUCAGAGGCUGAAGGUAAGGAGGUGCCAUUCCCCUCACAGCUCCGUAGGCAAGCACCAAGGUUUUGUAGCAGAUGCGAGCUUCAACUGGAAGCCAGUGGAGUGUGCGGAGGAGCGGGGUGACAUGAGAGAACUUGGGAAGGUUGAACACCAGACGGGCUGCAGCGUUCUGGAUAAGUUGUAGGGGUUUAAUGGCACAGGCAGGGAGCCCAGCCAACAGCGAGUUGCAGUAAUCCAGACGGGAGAUGAAAAGUGCCUGGAUUAGGACCUGUGCCGCUUUCUGGGUAAGGUAGGGUCGUACUCUGCGAAUGUUGUAGACCAUGAACCUGCAGGAUCGGGUCACCGCUUUGAUGUUAGCGGAGAAUGACAGGGUGUUGUCCAGAGUCAUGCCAAGGUUCCUUGCACUCUGGGAGGAGGACACAAUGGAGUUGUCAACUGUGAUGGCGAGAUCAUGGAGCGGACAGUCCUUCCCCGGGAAGGUUCAGCUUGAGGUGGUGAUCCGACAUCCACACUGAUAUGUCCGCCAGACAUGCAGAGAUGUGAUUCGCCACCUGGUUAUCAGAAGGGGGAAAGGAGAAAAUUAAUUGUGUGUCGUCUGUGUAGCAAUGAUAGGAGAGACCAUGUGAGGAUAUGACAGAGCCAAGUGACUUGGUGUAUAGAGAGAAUAUGAGAGGGCCUAGAACUGAGCCCUGGGGGACACCAGUGGUGAGAGCAUGUGGUGCGGAGACAGAUUCUCGCCACGCCACUUGGUAGGAGUGACCUGUCAGGUAGGACGCAAUCCAAGAGUGAGCAGCGCCGGAGAUGCCCAACUCGGAGAGGGUGGAGAGGAGGAUCUGAUGGUUCACAGUAUCAAAGGCAGCAGAUAGGUCUAGAAGAAUAAGAGCAGAGGAGAGAGAGUUAGCUUUAGCAGUGCGGGGAGCCUCCGUGACACAGAGAAGAGCAGUCUCAGUUGAAAUACCAGUCUUGAAACCUGACUGGUUUGGAUCAAAAAGGUCAUUCUGAGAGAGAUAUCAGGAGAGUUGGCUAGAGAUGGCACGCUCAAGAGUUUUGGAGAGAAAAUAAAAAAGGGAUACUGGUCUGUAGUUGUUGACAUCGGAGGGAUCGAGUGUAGGUUUUUUGAGGAGGGGUGCAACUCUCGCUCUCUUGAAGACGGAAGGGACAUAGCCAACGGUCAAGGAUGAGUUGAUGAGCGAGGUGAGGUAACAUUUUACAUUUUAGUCAUUUAGCAGACGCUCUUAUCCAGAGCGACUUACAGUUAGUGAAUACAUAUUUUUUUUUAUACUGGCCCCCCGUGGGAAUCAAACCCACAACCCUGGCGUUGCAAACGCCAUGCUCUAUCAACUGAGCUACAUCCCUGCCGGCCAUUCCCUCCCCUACCCUGGACGACGCUGGGCCAAUUGUGCGCCGUCCAUGAGUCUCCCGGUCGCGGCCGGCUGCGACAGAGCCUGGAUUCGAACCAGGAUCUCUAGUGGCACAGUUAGCACUGUGAUGCAGUGCCUUAGACCACUGCGCCACUCAGGAGUCAGGUAAGGGAGAAGGUCUCCUCGGAAAUGGUCUGGAGAAGAGAGGAGGGGAUAGGGUCAAGCAGGCAGGUUGUUGGGCGGCCGGCCGUCACAAGUCGCAAGAUUUCAUCUGGAGAGAGAGGGGAGACAGAAGUCAAAGCAUAGGGUAGGGCAGUGUGAGCAGGACCAGCGGUGUCAUUUGACUUAAUAAAUGAGGAUUGGAUGUUGUCAACCUUCUUUUCAAAAUGGUUGACGAAGUCAUCCACAGAAAGGGAGGAGGGAGGGGGAGGAGGGAUGGGGAGGAUUCAGCAGGGAGGAGAAGGUGGCAAAGAGCUUGAAAUUUAGAGUGGUAGAAAGUGGCUUUAGUAGCAGAAACAGAGGAAGAAAAUGUAGAGAGGAGGGAGUGAAAAGAUGACAGGUCCACAGGGAGUCUAGUUUUCCUCCAUUUCCGCUCGGCUGCCCGGAACCCUGUUCUGUGAGCUCGCAAUGAGUCGUCAAGCCACAGAGCAGGAGGGGAGGACCGAGCAGGCCGGGAGGAUAGGGGACAUAGAGAGUCAAAAGAUGCAGAAAGAGAGGAGAGGAGGGUUGAGGAGGCAGAAUCAGGAGAUCGGAGGGAGAAGGAUUUAGCAGAGGGAAGAGAUGAUAGGAUGGAAGAGGAGAGAGUAGCGGGAGAGAGAGAGUGAAGGUUGCGAUGGCACAUUACCAUCUGAGUAGGGGCAGAGUGAGUAGUGUUGGAAGAGAGCGAGAGAGAAAAGGAUACAAAGUAGUGGUCGGAGACUUGGAGGGGAGUUGCAGUGAGAUUAGUAGAAGAACAGCAUCUAGUAAAGAUGAGGUCAAGCGUUUUGCCUGCCUUGUGAGUAGGGGGGGGAUGGUGAGAGGGUGAGGUCAAAAGAGGAAAGGAGUGGAAAGAAGGAGGCAGAUAGAAAUGAGUCAAAGGCAGACGUAGGGAGGUUAAAGUCACCCAGAACUGUGAGGGGUGAGCCAUCCUCAGGAAAGGAACUUAUCAAGGCGUCAAGCUCAUUGAUGAACUCUCCAAGGGAACCUGGAGGGCAAUACAUGAUAAGGAUGUUAAGCUUGAAUGGGCUAGUGACUGUGACAGCAUGGAAUUCAAAUGAGGAGAUAGACAGAUGGGUCAGGGGGAAAAGAGAGAAUGUCCACUUGAGAGAGAUGAGGAUUCCUGUGCCAACGCCGCGCUGACCAGAUGCUCUCGGGGUAUGCGAGAAUAGAUGAUCAGACGAGGAAAGAGCAGUAGGAGUAGCAGUGUUUUCUGUGGUAAUCCAUGUUUCCGUCAGUGCCAAGAAGUCGAGGGACUGGAGGGUAGCAUAGGCUGAGUUGAACUCUGCCUUGUUGGCCGCAGAACGGCAGUUCCAAAGGCUGCCGGAGACCUGGAACUCCACGUGGGUCGUGUGCACAGGGACCACCAGAUUAGAGUGGCAGCAGCCAUGCGGUGUGAAGCGUUUGUAUGGCCUGUGCAGAGAGGAGAGAACAGGGAUAGACAGACACAUAGUUGACAGGCUACAGAAAAGGCUACAAUAAUGCAAAAGAGAUUGGAAUAAAAUUAACUAAACAUCUGGGGAAGCGAGAGAGCGGGGCCUCCCUCACUUACCUUUCACUGAAACACUCAAAUAUAACUCACCCAACCUCCACUUUAUAAAUUAUAAUUGUUGUAAACUACAGCGGUUCAAUGUUUUCUAGGAAUAGACUCUAACUUAGUUUAUUCAGCUCGCUAACUUGGUACAGUAUUCUUCCCGUGAAAACCGCCCAGGGCACCGUAUCCUAUGACGCCAUAGCUAACUAGCAUGCUAGCAUCCAAUAACACACGGUUUAUCACCAAUAAUUGGUUAUAACAAACUACCAAUAGUGUGUUUACACACUAAACAGAUCAUUCGUGUCCGUGUCUAGUUCCUUUCAUAACGCAGAAAUAAUUAAAUGUUGGCUAGCUCGCACAAAGUCAGUCAUGCUAGCUACACAAGUGGACUACACAUCUCGAAUGUUCAGAAAGUGAAGCUUUACGUUGCAAAAUUCUCAUUGACUAAAAUGAUAUUGUAUUUAGUUGCUCCAGUACUGCUAGCUGGUAGUGUUGGCUAGCUAGCAAUGACUGCGGUGUUGACUUUGUUUGAAAAACUGCGUCUUUGUGAACGAAUGCAGCUGGCUAAAAUGAUAUUCUAUUUAGUUGCUACAGUACUGCUAGCUGGUAGUGUUGGCUAGAGAGCAAUGGCUGCGGUGUUGACUUUGUUUGAAAAGUCGCUGUGAACAAAUGUAGCUGGCUAGCUAACCUCGAUAGUUUCUCUAUACUACAUCUUUAUCUUUGAUACAAAGACAACUAUGUAGCUAGCUAACAUUACACUAAUCAAAUCGUUCCAUUGUAAUGUAAUGUGUGUCAUAUUACCUGCGGAGCGAAGUACAGCAUGACUACUCACUCCAACUUCAGCAUUGUACUAUACACCUGUAUCAGAAUCCCACGGUUCUUACGUUUCUAACAGUACUAAGCAUGUGUUUGUAGGACAUUUUGAUUUUUAAAAAUAGUUUUUAAAUGUAUCUAAUGAAAGUCGGUUACAAUUUAUGUGUUGCUUAGAAAAUGCCACCAGAGGGUGUCAGAGUUUAACAGGUUGUUUGGAAUAUAUUUACACUGAAUAUGAUGAAAUUAUUUUUUAAAGAAUAUCUCUCCCCAGUUUGUUUACCAUUUGGAGCAAAGGGGAACUGUUAUUUCAAGUUCUCAACAUUUCCUGAGGAAGUCCUGGCGUAAAUCAUUCCAAAUAUCACUGGGAGGAUGAAAGUUACCCACUGUGGACCACAGCACAGGAUAUUCAACCAUGAGAAAACAAUGGUCUUUAUAUUACUGGCUCUACAUAAGACACUUACUGACCUCUCCUCUUUCUCUCCCUCACUCUUUCUCUCCAUCUCUUUGACCUCUGCUCUAUUUCUGUAUUUCUCCCUCUCCCCUUAGAAUGGUGUAAAUCUUCAAACGGAGAGUCAAGAAACGAAAGAAAACAGCUUAAGAGUGGAGCAGUCGUCUAAAAUGCCCCCGAACAUGCCUGACCCGAGCACCGCCCCUAACCCAGACAACAUUGCACCAGGUGGGUGCUGCUACUGUGACAUAACCUCUGCUCAAAACUCAUGACCCCAUGACCCCUUAUGACUCAGUAGCCUGGAUUUCAGUGGAGUCAUUAGCAUGAUUUAUAAUAGUGGGCCAGUGACAUUGGAGUCAGCCUUGGUCAGUUGAAGACUUGUGUUGUAGCACCUGAAUCGGGCACAGAACAAAAAGCCUUGGGCCAAAUUAAAAGUAACGCAGCCUGGCCUGGCCUGAUAAGUCUUAGCAAGCCUAAUUUUGACUAUGUCCAGUCAAGAAACUAACCCUAGCCCCUUACUGCCUGGACAGGAUUUUACUUGUAUUAAAUAAUAUGGUCAUAGCUCCACCUUGCCCUCUGAUAGGCUAGGUAGGACUUUUGUUACUAGGAAUAUUUUCUCCUUUAUUCACACAUGGUGCUGCUGUAUACAGUGUAUGUAUGGUCCAGCUGGAUAUAACAACUCAAUGAAAUGUUUUAUCCUUGGGUGCAAUCUUCUGGCUCUAGGGCAGGAGACGUCUUUCUCCUUCUCCUUCUCCUCCUCGGUCUUCCUCUCCCUCUUUCAGUGGAUCUCUCCCCCACACGCUCUGCCCCCCCUAACUUUCUGUAUCUAUCCCUCAUUCUCCCUCUCUCUUUUUACUGCCGGCCAUGGGCAUAGUUUGAUAACAGUCCAGAUUCCCCACAGGAAAGGCAUAGAGUUUUUCCUGUGUCCACUGCUCGCUGUCCCCUGAUACCAUCAGGAAGAGACUGGUUCUCAGAUCAUGCUCGCCCUCCCGAUCCAGCACAGUCCAUAUAAUAUGGACACCAGUUUAGCCGAUGAGCACAUGGAGACAGUAUGCGUUGCUAUUUCGGGAACUUACGACUACGCCACCACCUUGAGGGGGAGUCGGAGGAGAAGUCAGUGGAUACAGCAAUUACAGGAGCCGGGAAAUGGGGUCAGAAAGGAUUGGAGUUUUUGGAAAACGUGGUUGCAUAAAAACAUGAGGGAGAUAUUACCGUAAUUCCAUGACCAAAGUUCGCAUCUUCCACUAAAUUAGUUUUUGUAAAAUGUUCAGUGGAAUUUUUUUUUAAAGUAGUCCUUGUGCAUGGAGUUGUAUGGUUUGUUAAACUUUGAAAUCAAUUGUUCCUGUUUGGCAUAUACAGUCAGGUCCAUAAGUAUUUAGACAGUGACACAAUUUGCAUCAUUUUGGCUCUGUACGCCACCACAAUGGAUUUGAAAGGAAACAAUCAAGAUGUGCUUUAAGUGAGACUUUCAUCUUUAAUUUAAGGGUUUUGUCAAAAUUACAUAGGAAUUGCAACCAUUUUUAUACAUAGCCCCCCAAUUUUAGGGGCUCAAAAGUAAUUGGACAAACUAACAAUCAUUCAUUAAAUUGUAAGUUUUAAUACUUAGUUGCAAAUCAUUUGCAGUAAAUGACUGCCUGAAGUCUGGAACCCAUAGACAUCACCAGAUGCUGGGUUUCUUCCCUGGUGAUGCUUUGCCAGGCCUUUACUGCAGCUGUCUUCAGUUCCUGCUUGUUCUUGGGACGUUUUGCCUUCAGUUUUGCUUUCAGCAAGUGAAAUGCAUGCUCAAUUGGAUUCAGUUAAGGUGAUUGACUAGGACAUUGCAGAACAUUCCACUUCUUUGCCUUAAAAAAGUAUUGGGUUGCUUUCACAGUAUGCUUCGGGUCAUUGUCCAUCUGCACUGUGAAGCGCCGUCCAAUGAGUUUUGAAGCAUUUAGCUGAAUCUGAGCAGAUAAUAUAUCCCUAAACACUUCAGAAUUCAUCCUGCUGCUUUUGUCAGCAGUCACAUCAUCAAUAAAUACAAGGGAACCAGUUCCACUGGCAGCCAUACAUGCCCACGCCAUAACACUACCUCCACCAUGCUUCACAGAUGAGGUGGUAUGCUUAGGACCAUGAGCAGUUCCUUCCCUUCUCUUCCCAUCAUUCUGGUACAAGUUGAUCUUUGUCUCAUCUGUCCAUAGGAUGUUGUUCAAGAACUGUACAGGCUUUUAAAAAUGUUUUUUUUUGGCAAACUCUGUUUUUCCUGUUUUUGAGGCUUACAUCUUGUGGUAAACCCUCUGUAUUUACUCUGGUGAAGUCUUCUCUUGAUUGUUGAAUUUGACACAGAUAUGCCUACCUCCUGGAGGGUGUUCUUGAUUUGGCCAACUGAUUUGACCAAGAAUUCAUCCACCACAGUCGUUUUCCGUGGUCUUCCGGGCCUUUUGGUGUUCCUGAGCUCAAAUAGUUGAUUUGGCCACACCUAAUGUUUAUGCUAUCUCUCUGAUGGGUUUGUUUAGAUUUUUCAGCCUAAUGAUGGCUUGCUUCACUGGCAGUGACAGCUCUUUGGACUUCAUAUUGAGGGUUAACAGCAACAGAUUCCAAAUGCAAAUGCCACACUUUAAAUCAACUCUAGACCUUUUCUCUGCUUACUUGUAAAUGAACUAAUGAGGGAAUAACAUACACCUGGCCAUGGAAAAGCUGAGCAGCCAAUUGUCCAAUUACUUUUGGUCCCUUAUAAAAGGGGGGGACCACAUAUAAAAAGUGCUGUAAUUCCUACACCAUUCACCCGAUUUGGAUGUAAAUACCCUCAAAUUCAAGCUGAAAGACUGCACUAUUAUUUAAUUUUAACUCCAAUAUGCUGUGGUAGACAGCUAAAAUAAUUGCAACUUGGUCAAUGUCCAAAUAUUUAUGGACCUGACUGUAUUUCAAAGCGUAAUUCCGUUACUGUGGAAUUGCCCUUCUCUAUAUCUAACCAAGCUCUCGGGCAACCAUGUCACUUAUACACAAAUUCCCCUCUUAUCUCCCCAAGCCCCAGUGUUUCCUGCAGUGCGGCAGUCACUGUACAUUUCUCACAACACAUUGGAGCAGCCAAAAUCGCAACCAUGCACGUGAGCCCUGUACGUGGCCGGUGUAAAUCUCGUGGUGUGCGUUUGUGAAGGAAGCUCCUCAAAAAACAGCAGAACUCCCCUGAGGGGCCAAUGUUUGGUCUUUCCCAUUUCCUCCUCAAGCAACCAUCAAUUCAGGAAGAGGGAUUGUUUGUUAUAAGAGGGUUGGACAUGUCAGCGCAACACCCCAUGUUAUGUAAGCCACCCCCGGCGAAGCACACUCGUUUUGAAGGAUAGUUCUUUGGAUAGGCCUUCCCUGUCACCCUUACACCACACAGUGAGAAGUCCUUUGUGUUGGUUAACUCUGAAACUUGACCAUAUUUUUCCCUGGAGGCACACAGGGAGGACCAAUGUGGUGCUGCACAGGGUUUAUAUUGAUCUUUGUGUUGGGAAAAAUCAGGUUGGUAGUAUAUGACCUGAUGGCCUGAUGGAUGCCUCAAAGGUCAUUGUAAAUCCUUUCUCAUAGUCUACUACACCAUCUCGCUGUUAUGCAGUUUCUCACUAUUUCUCUCUCUCAGUCUUUCGCUCCUUCCAUCCCCACCUAUUUUUCACUCUAUCUCCACUUCUUGAACCACAAACUGUACCAAAGAAAGGUAAUGUGGAAUACCAGGGCCCUUACACCAGAUUCUCUCUCCCUCUCUUUCGCCCAGGUUAUGGUGGACCUCUGCAAGAAAUGGAACCAGAGAAGUUCAACAGAACAUGCCUCCCGAAGUCCUACCACUCCCCCUGGGACCAGGCCAUCUACCACCACGACCCCUCCCUGGCCGAUAGCCUCGUCACUCGCCUGCCAGAGCCCGAGGCCAAGCCAGAAGGACCAGGGUACAAGAGCUUCAACAGGUAUAGCUGCUGAUGGACCUGGACCACACUUUGGUUGAAAUAGUACUUGCCGUGCCGGAGUCUGGCGCAGCGGUAACACUCCCAACUUCGGACAACAUAUGUCAACAUGUGAUUUUGUAAUGAGCAUAACAUAUUCGAUGUCUUCUAUGUAGAAAUAUACUAACAUUUCACCUUGAUUUUACACAUUGGUAGUAGAUUAAGGGAGUCCACUGACAUACUUUCCUUUAUCUGAGUCACAACAUAGUCAACAGAUACACCAUGCAUUAUCAUUUCAACAGAACAUGUCCUCCAGCCAGUGGCUCAUACCUUUGAUGAGAUGAGUCAAUCUAUCACUUCCCUCUGCAUUGUUAGUGGUGCAAGGCUAAUAUUAACAUUGUCAAUCCUCUACCUAUCUCCAGGGUGGCUACUCCGUUCGGAGGCUUCGGAGGCAAGUCCACCAGACCGGCCCCAUUGUUCAAGGCCCCCGAGGUGGAACACAACUCCAUGCCGGAGCUGUACCCCGAGCUCCAGGCGGAGCCUGCAGUGCAGAGGCCCACAUUCAACAGGGUGGCCUGCGGCUGGGCGGGGGCCAGCGCCCCCCUCAUCCUUCCCACAGUGCACCUGGAUCCCACGUUUAUCCCAGAGUCCGAUGACCUUUGAAACUCUGGCAGUUGCUGUGUCUUCCCGAGACGCUGCCUGGUUUGCUACCCACAAGGUAUUGCGGUGGGUUAGGGUCAGAAUAGGGUCAGAGUGAGGGAAGGAGGCAUUUUGGUUUCCCGCUUAGGGCAAGUUAGCUACUUCUUUUGUGGGGAAAACACACGUUUCUCUGAUUAACUGAUUGGCCCAUGCCCAAGGUGUUCUGCCCAUCUUCAAACUGCACUUGAAAUAAGUCAACCAGCUAGUGUACGCUAGCUAGAGUUACUAAAUAUAGUAUAGGAGCUAUACAUACAUUGAUGUGUAUAAGUGAAAUGAUAUCUGCCUGAUGACAUUUGAUUAUCGGUAUUAUUUGUUUUUUGAGCUAAAUUAAAUAAUGUAAAGCAU